AUGUCUUCUCAAGCAUAUCAACAACUACCUAUCGUCGAAGAGAAGGGAUCUUGGGAAGUCUCAGAUUCCCAACACUGGCCUUCACGGGUCACGGCCUCAAAUACAAUUUCCGCUACGACAUGCCUGAUACUAUGUCUGCUCUCCUCAGCUGUGUCAAUGGUGGCUGGCUACUUCCUCGCCUCGCGGAUACAGGACUCAGAAUGCUUUCGAAGACAUAGCGUAUACUCUCCCGCGAUCUCCUCGAUCGAUACCUCAUACCACAACGUCCUCUUCAAUGGCACGAUCUCGGAGGACUCGCCUUACAGAGGAGAACCACAUCCUUCCAUCGACGCAGCGUGGCAUGAUUUGAUGAAUUUCAACCUAACAUACAUCACCGGCGACGAGCUCGCGCAAAUACCCGGCCAUCUCGACUCGAUCCGCAUGCCACCAGAAGCCGGCAUCCCAGACUCAUACGUCGGCUCUCUAGAAGUCUUCCACCAGCUACAUUGCGUGAACAUGCUCCGUAAAACCAACAUCUGGAACUACGACUACUACAAUUCCACCGGACACUUCUCCGAUCCUCUCGACCUACAAAAAGAACACUUUGGGCACUGCAUCGACAUGCUACGACAAGUCCUCAUGUGCAACGCAGAUGUCGGCAUUGUGACAUUCAGAUAUGUGGAAGAUAACCCACGACCUUAUCCCAAUUUCAACAAUUGGCACUCGUGUCGGAAUUGGGAUAGCAUCAUGGAAUUCGCGGAUAGUAGGAGAGUCGGAAAAGACUGGGAUCGAAACUAUCUGCAUAGACAAGAGGAUGAGAAGGUGUGGAGUGUGCCGCCUUAG